AUGUUCCGCACACGUCAGUCAAUUCCUCGCAAUCCAUGGAGAUGGAGCGCAUCUGUCAAAUCCUCGAGCCAGAUACGACUCGCUACUAUCAAACAUGGUGGCAAGGCCGGUCGGCCAAAAGGCGCAAGCUACUGGACGGAUGAGAAGCUGGCGACGGAUGAUAGAUAUCCGUUGAGCAGCGCUAUGAAGGCAAGGAUUCACCCUGAUCUUGAACCCAAACUCAGCAAGAGGAGAAUGCCAAUUGCAGGUGCCUCGGCAAAGGCUGGGGGUGUCCAUGUCCGAGCACAGAUUGUAAGUCCCGACCUAUGCGACGACGUGCUCAGUUACAUUGGGCACUCAUUAGAUAAGCACAAAGGUUGCGACAUUCUUGACAUCAAUCCUGGUGCUGGGCUCUGGUCGCGAAAACUCCACGACUACCUCCAACCGAGCAGCCAUGUGCUGCUUGAACCGCGACUCGACAAGUUCGACGAAUUUCUCCGCCCGCUUCUCGAUGCGCCCGGCUCCAAAUACAAGCUUGUAGACAAAGACCCGACCGCCCUCCAGACAUACAGAGACAUGAUUACCGACGGUGUCUUCCCACAUCAGACUGUGCUGGACCCGGAGGAUCCAAAGGCCCAGGAGCCUAACAAUUCACUUUUGGUGACAGGCUCGCUGGUAUGGGACCCUAGGCUUCCAGGAAUGGCAUUUGACUCCAUGGCUAAGCAGCUCUUCAUGCACUUUACCAAUGCUAUAUGGUCCAACGAUCUCUUCCAUGCUUUUGGUCUAGUGCGCACCCUGUUCUGGGUACAGCAAGACGACUUUAGUUCCACAAUAGCCGAAUCUGUCAGCAACAUGCACAAGGCCAACCGCCUCCUUGAGUUGACCCAGAACUUCAACAUCAUUGUCAAGUCGACACGCACAGCCCGCAAGCUUGGUAAAGGCUCUACUGGACGGGAGCCGCAAUACGAGAUCGAGAGCACUGUGCGCGCUCUGCAAGCGGGAAGAGAACGCGGCAUGGACAUCCCACGACAUCGACGGGAUUAUAUUCAUGAAUUUGCUGCCCAUGUCGAAAAGGUUUCGAAUGGCACAGGUAUAAGCAGUAGCGAACAAAUACAAACAUACCUCAGAGAUCAGCACAUUGCAGGCCUGCUGGGCACUGGACUUCUGCAGGAAGGCUUCAUGGAUUACUACGAACAAGUGGCAGCCCUUGAGAAGAAAUAUCCUGAUAUUGAUUUCGACCUACUAAUAUCCAAGGAUGGAAUUAGGCGCAAGAAACAGGUAAACAUAAUUGGCCAUCCUGGCGAGGAAGAACUGUCCAAAAUCGUCAAGACCAGUGCAAACAUUUACGCUGGCCGGAGGACCAAGCUUGCCGUUGAAAAGAUAGCCAACAUCGGAGAAGCCAUGUACAACCUGGAAUGCAAAAUCCUCAGCAUGGAAGACGGACCCGAAAAAGACGCAGCAAUGGUCGAGCUAGAGAAGCUCAAUGCGAAUUGGACACAGGGUCUGGAAAGCCUGCCCUCAAACUACUACAAAGCACCCACCAGCGAAGUCGACGAGCGCCUCGCCAUACGCGCCCCACCUAGCCCGCGCAUUCAAUGGGACUCCCGUCCCUUCGAGCCCCUCACCAUGCGCGGCAACGAAGUUUGGCCCCAAUGUCAACUCUGUCUCAUUUCCGCCGAGCCCAUUCCCAAACAAGCCGGCCAAACUCCAGACUACCCCGAAUGGGUACACGAUUUCGUCUUCGGACUUUACACCCAGCCCUCUGAAAGCCUCAACGAGGCGCUCGAUAAAAUGCAGCACGGGCUCAGCGACAUUAUCGACGACUGUCCUAGCUUAAAGGACCCGAGCAAGGGUGGACGGCUGCAGAUGAACCAGCUCAGAGUAAGGAUGUUGACCGCGGAAAUGGUGCAUGAGCUCAUACAGGCCUAUCAGAAUUGGCCCUUCAAAGCACCUGGGAGCGACAGUAAUACAUUCUACAGGAAUAGGACUGGGCAGUCUUUUGGGAUACAGGAUAAGCCGAAUGGGUUGCGGUAA